GUAGCCAUGCUCUGACAAUAGCUCGCCCAGCCCUAUUUCACAUGCUAAUACAUUUCUUUAGGAGAGCACCAGUGCAUUUAGCUAUGCUAGGCUCCAGCUUUAUUCUCUGUCUGCACACGAGUAACCUGAUUCCCAGGGCAACCGUUGCCACCGCAAAACACCCAAGUGAGUGCAUUUGUUUGUACUAUUUCUAUUUGAAUCCAAGUCUUCAUAGUCAUUAAAGUAAAUAUUUGAAAAGGAAGUAGUUUGCAUGUAAUUAAUUCAACUUAACUGUUAUGAAAAAUAGCUUUACUGUUUUGACAGUGUCAGUAGUAAGAAGAGAGCUUAGUGUAAAAGUUAAGACAGAGCCUUUAGAAGUUUUUCAAUGCACAAGGACCGGACUCCACUGCUGGGGAAACACAAGGCACAGCCCUGUCUACGGAAUGAAACUUCCUGCUGUUUGCUUGAAUUCCACAACUCUGUCUAUUCCUCGAUCCACACCUGUCCGCCAAAGUCGCUACCUUAUGGUCACUCCCCUGACAUUGCCCAUCAUCUCACCUGCCUCGGCAGCACUGCCAGUCAGCCAGUCUGUCCCCAGACUGGACCCCCUCCAUCCUCCUCUGGCCCAUAGACGGACUGUCAGCCUUGAGACCCCUGCUGUGCAUCACCACAACCACCAGAGGGCACUGGUUAUGCAGAGAAAGGAGCACUAUAGGUAUCACCAGGUGUGGCGGAAGCCAUUCUACGGAUCCUGCACUGAAAGAGAGGAGUACAGAUCGGAGGUACGUCAGCAGCUGAAGAGGCAGAUGGAGGAGAAGAGGGCGGGGCUGAUUCUGAAGUUGACCAGUAAGGCAGAGGAGGCCGAGUUUUUACAGGAAGUGGAUCGCUUGGCUCUGUCCAGUGAGAAACAGCAGAGGAUCCAGCACAGCAGAGCGAUGAGCCACUACAGAGAUGAGAACAAGAAGCUGAUGGAGCAGAGCUGGAUGGACAAGGCACUGAUUCGCUCUCAGGAGGCCCUGAUGGAGAGAGAACUGCUACGCCACAACCCCAUUAAUUGGAGCGGCACACUGAAAUAGAAGCACACACCUCUGUUCACACAUUUUCUCUUUUUCCAUAGCUAGCUUUAUAGGGGACUUCACUAUUUUUAGGGUUAGGGUUAUUUAAUUAGGCAAGUCAGUUACAAACAAAUUCUUAUUUACAAUGACGGCCUACCCCAGCCAAACCCUAACGACGCUGGGCCAAUUGUGUGCCGCCCUAUGGGACUCCCAAUCACGGCCAGUUGUGAUACUGGCUGGAAUCGAACCAGGAUCUGUAGUGACACUUCUAGAUGCAGUGUCUUAGAUAGUAGCUCCUGAGUGGCGCAGCGGUCUGUUUUCUUGAAUGGCUUUCAUCUAUCGCCUCCAUGCAACAACAGUGUUUUAGUAAGGUCUUCAGCAAUGAGCAGCAGUAGUUCAAAUUAAAUUGCUUUUAGUUCAUUUCAACAUGUCAAAUAAAAAUGGUGAAAGGAUAUUGUAAAGAAAAUAGCACUCUGGGGGGAAAACAAUGUUUUUAAAUAAUGGUCAUAAUGCAAUUAAGUGCAGCUGGGAAUCUUAGGCCUAACAUACACACAUACUGGUUCUGGAACCUAAGGACAUGAUUAACAAUAAAAGAAAGAUAAUUGAAAAUGAAAAAAUAUAAUUUGAAUAAAUGUUUUAUUCUAAGCGCACUAGCUUUAGUAGAUACUCAGGAUGAGGGUGGAACAACGUGUUGGGAUUGAGUGGAUGCACAUGUUGACACAGUUCUGAUAAAUACACUUGUGCUUUGUACAGUCGUGGCAAAAAGUUUGGGAGAAUGAGACAAAUUAAUUUCCACAAACUUUGCUGGUUCAGUGUCUAGAUAUUUUUGUCAGAUGUUACUAGGGAAUACUGAAGUACAAUUACAAGCAUUUCACAAGUGUCAAAGGCUUUUAUUGACAAUUAUAUGAAGUUGAUGCAGAGUCAAUAUUUAAA